AUGGGGCCCGCGCCGCACCGUUACAUGGGAGCUGGUCGAGCCAGACCAGCUCCCAACCCUAAACGCCGCCAGCCUCUGCCCCGCCACCAAGCUUGCCCCGCCCGCGCCGCCAGCCUCUGCCCCGCCCGCGCCCGCCCCUUCCCGUCGCCGGCCGCCCCGCCGCCGGCCGCCCGCUGCCCCUCCCCUCCCCAGCCGCCCUCCUCCCCACGGUCUAUUGACCGCCCGCCCGCCCGCUGCCCCUCCCCUCCCCGGCUGCCCUCCUCCCCUGCCCCGCCCUCCUCUCCCCUAUCCCGCCGCCGGCCUCCUCUCCCCUGCCCCCUCGCGCCGCUCUCCUCCUCCUUCUCGCGCCCGGCCCGCCGUCCCCUGGCCGGCCUCCUCCUCGCGCCCCGGCCUGCCGUCGCCCUCACGGCCAUGUGGUGA